AUGAACUUGUCAUCAUACAUUUCCAUUCGCAUUAGCCUCGCUAAAGAGCUCCUCAAUUACUGCUUCCUUCUCUCUAAACUUCUUAACAUGCCUGAGUUUCAGAGCAUGCACAAAUAUUUCACCAUUUUUCUCGCAAUAGUUGCCUGCCAUGGUUCUCUUUUCGUUCAUGGAAGGCACAUAAAACCACUGAACCAACAUUCUUCACUAAACGCAAACCCUACCCUGGCUCCACUCAGAGCCACCAUUAAUAAUGUUGUUCAUACUCCUUCAGAAGAUCAACUUAAAGCAACUGAGGCACCAAUUGUGCAGAAAUACGAAUUUGCUGAUGCUGAUUCUGGAGGUUCAGGUGUGGGCUAUGCAGAUUCCUUUCAACCCACUACACCAGGACACAGUCCUGGUGUUGGUCACAAUAAAAUUGACGCAGAAGAUGAUAAAGAUGUGAAAGUGAAUGGGGUAUUACUUCAUAGUCCACAUGUUAAUGUUCCUAUGGCCGAAGAAAAAGACUUCAGACCCACAAACCCAGGUCAUAGCCCUGGUGUUGGCCAUCGUUAA